AUGGGGAACACUUUUCUGGUGUGCGUUCACAAUGUUAGCGAAGAACAACCGUACGUCAUACUUCGAGCUAGUGUUCAUAGCACGGCAGCCGACAUCAUACGACAGGUAUUCAUGAAGGUGCGGCGAGCUCACGAAGAUGAAAGCAACUACGCAAUAGUUGAGGAAUGCACAGAUGACACAAGGAGCGCUGCCAACAUUCCUGCUGGGCGACAGACUGCUCCAAGGAUAACGCGACGUGUUCUUAGGGCGAACGAGAACGUGUGGAAAGCGCAGAGCCGAUGGAAGAACCUUGGCCGUUUUGUCUUGGAAAAUCGGAAGGAAACAGUUCAUUCAACACUGGAGAAAGUGAGAGCGUUCAUAGUGCAAUUAGAAGCUGCAAAACAAAGCAUGAACUCACUUCCUUGA